AUGGAGCAAGAACUCCUGUCGCUCCUGGCAGACACCCAGUCACCUCGAGCAGACGCCAGGAAAGCCGCGGAGGCCCAGCUGGCCCAGCUGAACUCAAACGAAUCCUUCCCCAUCUCCCUUACAGCCAUUGCCUCCCACGAAUCCGUCCCCGUGAACUUGCGCCAAUCGGCCCUUUCCGUCCUACGCACUUUCAUCGCUUCCUCCUGGUCACCCAACCUUGACGACUUCACGGGCCAGGUGCUCGUCUCCGAUGCGAACAAGGCUCAGAUCCGCGCCGCCCUGCUGGAGCUGGCGACUACCGUCGAGACCCCCGAACGCAAAGUGAAGGCUUCCGCCAGUUACGCUGUUAGCAAGAUCGCCAGCGCGGAUUUCCCAGAUGACUGGCCAGAGCUUCUGCCCAAUUUGCUCCAUGUGAUCAACGAGCCUGCCACAACUGACAUUGCGCUACACGGAGCCCUGAAGGUACUCUUGGAUCUGGUGGAUACGGGGUUCAGUGACGAGCAGUUCUUCAAUGUCGCCCGUGACCUCGUCUCGUCACUUUUCGCCGUGGCAACGUCCGAGGCCCGUCGUCCAAUGCUGCGGGCGCUUGCUGUUGCAGUGUUCCGGUCCUGCUUUGACACAUUAGAAAUGGUACUGGAGCAGCAUAAGGUUGCAAUUAAGCAAUUUGUGGAUGAGGUGCUGAGUGCGUGGUCACCAUACUUUGUCGAGACAUUAAAGGCCCCCCUGCCUCAGCCACCGAGUCCGGAGGAAGCAAACAAAGUAGGCGAGAUUCCAUCGCAAUGGCGUGGUAUUGUUGGCUUGAAGCUUCAAGUCGUAAAGACUGUUAUGAAGAUCCGCAUGGUCUUCCCCGGACUUCUAACCGCCCAGAGCCCGACUUUCUUCUCGACCGUCUGGACAGAACUCACCAAUGCUAUGCCCAUCUACCAAAACUUCUAUAUUGAAGAUGAACGCCAAGGACGUCUGGAAGAUGUUGACGGUCUUCCGUACUCAUUGGAUUUCCUCAUCCUUGAGGAGCUGGAUGUAAUUCAGGCCCUCUUGAAGGCACCGCCCGUGAAAGCGGAGUUGACACAACAACUGCAAAACGCUGGCGCUGCUGCUACAUCAUCUGGUUGGCUACCAGAGAUUUUGAAGCUUGCCAGUAGCUACUCACAAAUUACCUGCGAAGAAGAAGGCCUGUGGGAGAUUGACGUGAACCUGUUCCUGUCGGAAGAGACCUCGGUCACUGCAAACUACACUCCUAGAACCUGCAGUGGGGACUUGGCCAUUAAGCUCGGCGAGUGGCUGAAAGACAAGGCGGCCGAGGGUAUUCUGACCUACCUGAAUACCCUCUUCGCCGAUACCUCUGCCUCGUGGAAGUCUCGUGAGGCAGCUCUAUACAUCCUUAAUGCCCUCCUUCGGGAUUUCGGCGAGGUCUCCCAACCAAUCUCUCAAGAAGUAGCCACUCAUUUCACCCAGUUCGUCCAGUAUGCGACUCAGCAAGAGCAGGAUCUGCUGCGCGCACGGGGCUACCUCGUAGCCGGAGCCCUGGCCAAGGUUGCCGGUGAACCUUUCCAGCAGACCACCGUUUCCUACCUGGAAGCUGCCUUGAAAGCCAUUGCCGAGGAUCCCUCGGAGGUGGUUAAGGUGGCCUGCAUUCGCGUUCUGCAAGACCUUAUCCCCUCUCUGCCCGUCAAUGUGGCUCGCCCGUUCCAAACUACCGUUAUCUCGGCCCUCUCAGAGUUUGUCUCUGCACAUGACCUGCGCGAGGAGACCGACUCGGAUGAUCUCAAGGUCACUCUGGCCGAGACUCUUCGGGAUACCAUCAUGGUCGAUUCGACUGUGGUGCUGUCAUCAUUGGCCAUUGACGUCCUGUUUAACAUCGCUAGCAGCGGUGCAGAGAACUUCCAGCUCACAAUGACUGUAACCGAGGCCUUUGAGGAUAUUGUAGAUCAGAUCACUGAGCACGGCCCGGAGGCGUAUAUCCGUCUCUGCGAGAAGGUCCUCCCGUCGCUGAUGGGCGCUAUUGACGUGGGCAACAUGACCGAGGAGAACGAGCUGACGGUCUUCGCGGCGGACCUGCUCCGUGCUCUAGCCGAGCGCAGCCUUGAACCCAUGCCGGCCGGCUUUGUAGAGACCGUCAUGCCCAAGCUUAACCGUCUGCUGCUGGAGUCUGAGGAAGGUGAGCUGAUCCGGCCCGCGACCGAGGCCGUGCGCCACAUGCUCGCGCAUGACUUUGCUCAAUUCGUCGCCUGGCGCGAUCCCCAGUCUGGUAAGGAGGCCAUUGAGGUUGUUCUGGUCAUUAUCGACCGUCUGUUGGGACCGGCCGUGGAUGACAAUGCCGCCACUGAGGUCGGUCAGCUGGCUGCCGAGCUGGUGGAGCGCGCUGGUUCCGAGCGUCUGGGACCGUAUCUCCCCCAACUCCUGCAGGCGGUUGCCCAGCGCCUGGCGACUGCCGAGCAGGCUCAAUUCAUCCAAAGCUUGAUCUUGGUAUUCGCCCGGCUGACCCUCAUCUCCGCGCGAGAGGUAGUCGACUUCCUGGCCCAAGUGAACCUCGGUGGGCAGAGCGGGCUGGUGGUGGUGCUGAGCAAGUGGCUCGAGAACUCGGUCAACUUUGCCGGCUAUGACGAGAUUAAGCAGAACAUUUUCGCCCUGGCGCGUUUGUAUGAAUUGUCCGACCCGCGACUAUCCGAGGUCCCCGUCAAGGGCGACCUCAUCAUCACCGACACGGGCCGCAUCAAGACGCGCUCGCAAGCCCGCGCCAAUCCCGAUCGGUUCACCACUGUCUCGGCGCCACUGAAGAUCGUCAAGGUGCUGGUUGAAGAGUUGGCCGCGGCCUCGGGCAACACGGAGAUUGACGCUGCGCAGGCGGCGGCCUUGGAUGACGUGGCGAGCGACGAUGGCGAUGAUGACUGGGAAGAUGAGCCGGGGCAGGUGUUGGAUCUGGGCCUGGGCAUGACCAAGCAGCAGUUGAUGAGCUUUGGCGAAGGUGGAUCAGAGAGUGUAUUUGGCGUGCGCCGUCGGGAUGACGAGACACAGGCGUUCCUGGCCGAGUUUUUCCGGCGGGCGUCGCAGCAGCCGGGCUUCCAGGAGGUGUUUGCGGCGUUGACGGCCGAUGAGCAGGGGAAGCUACAGGCGUUGGGAUAA